AGUAAUGGUUCAGUGUGUUUGUGUCGGGAUACCGGGGAUAUUUGGAAUGGCACCGCUUUCUUUGUCUGUCUUAUGUCUGCUGAUUUUGGACUUUCAGCUGGGCUAUGGAGCGCCAGCUCCAGCCUCAGGCCCGGUGUUCCUGUCUAGUCAGGCAGCAGACAGCGUCCUGCGGAGACACAAACGCUACAAUACUGGUGUGUUUGAGGAGAUGCUGGAAGGCGACUUGGAGAGAGAGUGUAAAGAGGAAGUAUGUGACCUGGAAGAGGCCAGGGAGAUCUUUGAGGAUGAUAAAAAGACAAUGGAGUUCUGGGUGGCAUAUAUAGAUGGCAAUCAGUGUAAAUCAAGCCCAUGUCUGAACCAGGGGUUAUGCAAAGACCACCUCGGCUACUACACCUGUGCAUGUCCGUCUGGUUUCACUGGCACAAACUGUGAGAUUGUUAUAGCAAGAAGGUGUGACUUGAACAAUGGAGACUGUAUGCACUUCUGUGAAUCAAUGGGAACCUUUGGAGCAAAAUGCUCUUGUGCAAGAGGAUACAGGCUGAUAGAGGAUGGAGUUUCCUGUGAACCAGAUGCUGAAUUUCCAUGUGGCAGAACUGCUCUGAAAGAGGUCAGCACAGCAUUCAAAAGGUCUAUGUGGAAUGCAAGCCUGCAGAACAACACCAAUAUCACCAUCGCUGCAUCCCAUUCCUCGACUCCAGCUAGUACUCUGACGUCUCUUCCUGCCUCAAAUGACUCUGUAGAAAACCAAUCAGAUAAGAAGCUCCCCCUGCGGACGAUCCGUGACGCUGAGGUCCCUACUGAGGAGCAGCCUAAGCCUUAUAAACGCAUUGUAGGUGGUAAAGUGGUCAUCCCAGGAGAGAUCCCAUGGCAGGUAGCCUUGAUAGCGCGUCCCACUGGUCAGUUAUUCUGUGGGGGCUCCAUCCUCAGCGAACGGUGGGUUAUCACUGCUGCACAUUGCCUUGUGGAGGCACAGGGCUCCUUCUUCAUCAGAGUGGGGGAGCACAACAUCUACAUCCAUGAGGACACUGAGCAGGACCACGAAGUGUUGAAGCAACACAUACAUCCACGCUAUAAUAGCAGUAUAAGCUUGUAUAACCAUGACAUCGCUCUGCUGUACCUCAAGAACUCCAUCACCUUCUCCACAACAGUCCGACCCAUCUGCAUAGGGCCCAUGGCUUUCACUGAGGCCAUAGUGAAGGAGUACUCUCCGGCGACGGUCAGCGGCUGGGGCCGAACACGGUUCCUGGGAUUCACUGCUGACAAUUUGCAGAAAGUGGAGGUUCCUUUUACAGAUCGGACAGAGUGUAAGGACAGCAGCAGUGCCAGGAUCACUUCCUACAUGUUUUGUGCAGGGUACUACGAUGUGGACAAAGAUGCCUGUCAGGGGGACAGUGGAGGUCCUCACACAAACAGAUUUCAUGACACGUGGUUCCUUACAGGCAUUGUAAGCUGGGGGGAAGAGUGUGCAAAGCAGGGGAAAUAUGGUGUGUACACCCGGCUGUCCCUAUAUUACAGCUGGAUAAACCAUGUCAUGGGAAUAACUAAACAAAUGCUGGCAUUGGAUGUGGAAAACCCUGACCCUGAAACUUAAAGAGUACAGAUUUUUAAGAAUAUAAUUGGUUAUAAGUGGUUCUUUUUUUCUUGACACUUUUUUAACUCCACGGGAUAGUAGGAGAUACUUUCAUGAUUUGGCAUGUCAUUUAACACUGUAUGAAACAAAAAAAUGUAUUUAACAUUAAACUUCUGUCAUACAGUGCUCUGACUCUGUGCAGCUACAUCAGGGUUAGGGUUGUCAGGGUGGGAUUAGGUUGUCUCCAGGUAAAAGGCUCAUCAAUUUAAUGCUUUUCAGGACCCUUUCAAGAUGUUUUUAACCAAAUCUAAGACUUACUUUUGGACAAAUGAUUUUUUUUCUUAUUCAAGCAUUGCAGAUCAAUUUUAAGGUAAGGAGUAUAUAUGUAGUCUCCUCCAGAUUUUGCCAACAGGUAAGUGUAAGUAUAAAGGAAGACAGUACUAGUCUUUCUACCUUUCUAGCAAAAGACCUCAACUUGUUUUGAAAAAAUCAAAUAAAAGACAGGAAAAUAAAAUUUGAUAAAAUGUUUAUGACAUUUAAGACUAAUGAAUUUAAAGUUAAGACUAAUGAAAUUGAGGCCUAAUAUUUGUAUAAUUAAAAUGAAGAUGUUUCAAGAUUUUUUAAGGACCUGGAGACAGCCUGAUCAAAACACAUCAUCCCCAUCUGCUAGUAAAUGUUUUACAAGUAUUUAGUAGCAGAGAAACAACAGGGAUCUUUGGAAAUCCUGGCUUCAAAUGAUACGUAGCCAAAAACUCACGAAAAGAGAAAACUCUGCACAAUUGUAUUAUUUAUCUUGACUUCCAUUAAAACAAGAAUACAGAAACAAUAGAUUAAAUCAGGAUGCAUGACAAAGAGCAGCCUUAGUUUUCAGCCACACAGUAUUGAAUUAUUUCAAUUAGCAAAACAAUUAUUGCAAUAAAUAGUUUAUUUUUUAACGGACUGAAGCUGUACAAAAACAAGCCAAUUUAGAGCAGUGACUGUCUGACAAUACAAACCUGCUCACUGUUCAGUUGUCAUGCAUUUUCAUCUUAACGAAACAUUCAGCAACAAGCUCAGGCUACUUGGCUCAUCGGGAUACAUAAUAUUUCAAGCAGUUUUUUUUGUGUUUUCCAAUCUGGAAAAUCUGUGCAAAAUCUGCAGCAUUUUGGAUUAAGGUUACAAACAAACCAUCUGAUUUUUGUCAUAUAAGCUAAAAAGAAAUAAAAUGGGGUUUUGAUGUGCA